AUGUCUCUGCAGGAGGUGCUGAUAACUUUUGCACGCUAUCAGCCGCUGCCCACCAAAACAACAAUCCGGAUCCUCAUACUCGAAGCGGGCAAGCCGGACGACGAUAUCUACGUCUGGCUGAUACCUGCAGACCUCGAUGCCGACCAUGACAUAUAUCCAUUAACGGUUCCAGGAGCGCCUAUCCGUACUGCCUUGAAUACCCGGGCUCGUGUACUUGGCGGAGGUUUUCGCAAUUUUGUCUCACGACUUGAUCUCUACAAGACACCGAGUGGCUCUUUGGCUAUAAACCCAUUUCAACGGUACACGGCGCUCAGUUACGUGUGGGGCGAUCCCAAUGACCCUGAGUAUGUUGUGGUAAAUGGAUUCGAUCGCGUACCAGUAACAAGGAACCUGUUCCGCAUGCUGAAGGCCCUUCGUUCCAGAGAUGCUGGGCUCCCCUUAUGGAUUGAUGCACUUUGCAUCAAUCAGCGUAACCACCAAGAAAGGGCGGCUCAGAUCGGAUUGAUGAGACGCGUAUACCAGCAGGCACAAACAGUAUUUUGUUACAUCCCACUUGCGAAGGUUGAUGCAGACCGAGUUGUGGAACUUUGCACACUGUUAUUGGAUGCUGGAAGGCAACUCUUCGAGCAAAAGGAGAAUGAGACGGGUCUGGCAUCCACAGAAGCCGAAAUUUGGGAGUCUUCGCGCCUUUUUCGCAAGUAUAGAGACAUGCAAAACUUCAAAUCCGCCUUGGACAUUCACAGCGACUACAUUGACUCGGAAGCGGCGGGGCAAAUCAAGACGCCCUGGAUGUUGACUGAAACGAUAGACCAUACAACUAGGUCUACGUUCUUGGAGGAUGGAAAAGAGAUUCCGCACUAUGAAAGCCCAUUGUGGUGUUCCUGGCGUCGAUUCUUUGCAUCGCCGUACUUCACUCGAAUGUGGGUUCUGCAGGAAUUCUGCCUUGCCAACGAUCUUAUUCUGUGCACUGGAACAGAAUUCCUGUCGUUUACAACCAUCGCCGCAGCGCAACACGUAGUCCGCGUUUUCAGUGGUGUUGAUGGAGCAGGAUAUCUUGGUUACUCUUGUCAUGGUGACCCAGCAGACCUGCAUCGUGAAGCUCUCAUUGGAUGGCAUGGAUUCCUCAUGAUGUCUCAAGGUAGAGCUCCGGAAAUGGUAGGAACACUGAUAGAAAAGUUGCGUGGAGCGAGAUUUUUGAACGCUACAGAUCCAAGAGACAAGGUGUACGGUCUCUUGGGCUUAGCUUAUGACGGCUAUGACUUUUUCAAUCACAUCAGCUACGCUCCGGACGAAACACCCAAUCGAACCUUCACUAGAUUUGCGAAGCUGUUCAUUGAGAAGGGUCAAAUAUUUGAGGAUUGGUCAAAGAAAGGUUCGAGACCACAAGAGCGUAUUGCAAGACGUGGCCGGUCAACGCAAUAUAUGACCACGAAGUUCGUCGGUGAUGAUCAACUGGUAAUCCGUGGCGUUAUGAUUGAUCAAAUCGAGGCUGUGUCAGAUAUGGGAUUCACCUCGGAUUUGGAUUACGAUGAGGAUGUACCUUCCAACGGUGAAGCGCGCGACGCAUGGCACAAUGGCUUCAUCAAAGGUUUUCUGCUCUUGUUCGACGCUCUGGUCAAGGACGAGGAGUCCUUCCAAUGGGUCACCGAGUCCAUGUUUGAAUUGCUUAUUGAUAAAGAGAGGGUUUCAACUGCCUUUUCUCCUCCCCACUUAUGCGAUCCUAAAGAUAAGAAAACCCUGCGCGAUGGCUUCGAUUUCCUGAUGCGUCGCGUAAGUGUAUGGGCUGGACAACUAGACGAACCAGACGCAGGCCACGGACUUUCAUGUGUGGACAUCUCUUCGGGAGAUCUAUAUCGGUUUUACAGACGGGCGAAGGGCAUUACCAACCACUCGCGAAUAUGUGUAACAUCAAGUGGAAGCGCUGGGCUUUGUCCAAACCGGGUAAAGGUUGGGGAUACCGUGGUCAGGUUUGAGGGAAGCCCUGAUUAUUAUCUCGUACGUCGCGUUGCCCCUGCACUCACUCAGAAUGGUAAAGGUGGUGACACUUACAAUUUGGUUGGCCAAGCAAGCUUCGUCGGCAUGUCUGUGUCCGCGGAAAGCAAAGAGAUUGUGCUGGUAUAA